AUGAAAAGGACAAAAACAAAACUGGCUAGUACCCUACUAGAGAAUGAAGAAAAGACAUGCGAUCAUAAGACGUUCUUGAAAUUAUACGACACUGACUCUGAUAUAAACAUAGAUGAGAAAUACAAUUCAUUAUUUAAGUUUUUUAAAAAUAUUAAAAUAAACAAUGAGGAGAAAAAAAAAUCUUUAAGUAAAAUAUGUUGUACUAAGAAUUAUUUAUUUAUUAGCACAUCAGAUAUAUUUAGUCAAGUACGAAUUUUUAAUUAUAACAAUUUAAUAAAUUCAAGAAAAUCAGAAAAAGAAUAUGAUGAGCGGAUUACUUCCAUGUAUGAAUCAGAAGAACAUAAGGAGGAUUUAGAAAAAAAAGGGAAGGCUAAUACAAAAGAACAAGGGGAUCAGAAUGGUGAAAAUUAUGAUGAUGAAACGUUAAUAAGUUUAUGUGAUAUUUACACCAAAGGUAAUUAUUUCAAAGAAAUAAAUGAUUCAGACAAUGAUAUGUUAAGUAUAAACAAUGUUAAUAAGUUAUUUAAUAAUGUUUUUUGUGAGGAAAAAAAAAAUUUUCUUCUAAAUAGUAAUUAUAAAAGCAAGAUAAAAAAGGCAGAAGAGGAUAAUUACAAAAUGAAUUAUAUAAAUGUUAAGGAAAUUAUAAUAGAUGAUGUUAAUGGUGAUUAUGAUAAUCCUACAAAUCGGUUUAUAAAAAGAGAUAAAAAUAAUCAACAAAACAUAUUGUCUACUUAUCGUAAUGUAAAUAAAGAAACCAUAAAUUUUAGUUCAUUUCACGAAUUAGAUACUGAUUAUGAUGCAUAUUUUAAAGAAGAGUACUUGUAUUAUGAUAAUUUUAUCGGAAUUUCCAAAAAAAAAAAGAAUGAAAAAGAUCCAUUAAAGAUUACAAGAGAUAUGUUAGAGGAAGAAAAAAAUAAAAGAGAAAAAGAAGAAGAAAUGAAAAAAAAAAAAAUACUAGAAGAAGAAAAUUUAAGAUAUGAAGAAUUACAAAAGAAUGGUUACUAUAUGAACAGUGACCUUUUAGAAAUAAAUGUAGAUGUUGUUAAAAGAAAAACAACCCAAGUAAAUAAUUUAAUAGAAUACAUAGGAGUGUUCACAAAUAUUUCAUCUCCAAUAAUUUUAAUGAAAAUGAAUAAUAGUGAAAAUAUAUUGUCCUUACUAACUUACAGUGGUAGUGUAUAUAGUUAUGAUAUUAGUGAAACUUCUCUUAAAGAAUUAAAAGAGAAAAGAGUUAAAAAAAUAGAAUUUUUUAGUAAUAUAGAAAAUUAUUUUCAUGAAAUGGAAAAAAACAAUACACUCAACGAAUUUUUAGAUGAUCAUGACGAAGAGGCAACAGUGCAGCCAAUUUCUAUAUGUAAUUCUUAUUUUACGUAUUCUGUAAAAUGUUUUGACUUUUUAUCUGAUGAUAAAACUUUAAUAUGUGUUGGUUUAAAUAAGGAUUACUUCCUCUCAUUUAUUAGUACAUACACUGGAAAAAAAAUAAUAUAUAAUAAAAAAAUAAAAAUAAAAAAGCCUAGUAAAAGUAAUAUGAAUAAUGUUAAUAAUAUGGAUAAAGCAAAUGUACAACUCAGUUUAAUUUACAAUUUCAACUAUAUACAUGUCGAUAAAGAAAGGAAAAUGUUUAAUGGAGAAAUGGGAAAUUUCAUAUAUUUAGGAUCUUCCUGCGGAUAUAUAGUAUUUAUUUUUAUAAGUGAAAAAUUGGUAGAAUUUGUUAAUAAUAUUAUGAAUAAUGAUCAAAUAAGAGAUGGUUCAGUAUUUAUUUAUGAUCCUGAUAUUGAUUAUUCACUUGCAAAAAAUUUUUCUGAAUACAUUAUAGGAAAUGUAGAGGAUAUGUAUAAAAUAAAUAAAGAUAACUUAUAUGCAUCAUGUGACAUUACUAGAAGGAGUAGCAUGUGUAACACAUCCUUAUUUGGUAGUUCGAGUGGAAAUAUUUUCAAGAAUGUUGAAGAUAAAUUCUUUUCAUAUGCAUACUAUAUUACAAAAAAUGUAAAAAUUAAUUCAAUUACGAGCCUAAAAGCAAAUAAAAAUCAAAUUAUUCAUUUGAUAGUAGCAUUAAAUGAUGGUAGACUUUUAAAUCUACUUUUUGAAAUUUAUCCUGGCUAUUGUUCAACUACGUCAGUUACUAACAGCAGCUGCUAUUCUGUUUUGAAUCAAAAUCACGCAGAAAAAUAUCCUGAUCAUAAUAAACAUAAAAAUAAUAACAACGUUGUAUAUCCAUCCGGGGAUAAUUAUGGUCAUAAAUUCAUAAAAAAAAGCGAUAAAAUAAUAUAUGAUUUUACUGGCUUACACAAGUCAACAAGUAUAACUAAAACAAAUUUUUGCGAAGAUAAAUUUCAAAACUCUUUUAUUUUUAUAAAUUCGAAUGUAAAAAAAGUUUGUGAAAUGUCUGAUAGAAACUUUUACACAACUUAUGUACUUGAUAUAUGUGAUAAAAAAAUUCAUAUUUUAUAUCAACAUCUUGCUUAUAUUAUUGAUUCAUGUAUAUCUUCUUAUUUUUAUUUUUGUUUAGAUGAUAAUAACACAAUUGCUGUUUUUUCUUCAUCUUAUGAUGAAGAAAAUUGUUUUACGAAUUAUCCCUUUGAAUAA